CGGGAGAUAUACUCAACAGAACACGUGAUAUCAGUACAAAGGUUGACCUAAUAUAAAGUUCACUGAUCAAGUAUCAGUAUAAAAACAUAUUAUUUACAACAAGCAAAAGACUGUAAAAAAGAACAUAGAAUGCAUUGACUGUUUGCCCUUGAAUACAAAAACAAAACUUUAGGAUGGAGUCUGAGAAAUCUCCAUUACUGUCUGCCGAUAGCAACUCUCAUACAUAUGUAAAUAUUGAUCAAAACAGUAGAUCUGUAAAAGAGACAAUCUAUGUAGAUAAUGAUUUAUACCAACCAUAUGAUGGAUCUCAACCACCCAAAAAUAUGCGAGAAACUUACCUUCAGAAGCCAAGGACCAGCGUUAUUGACCCUGUUGACCCAAUAACACUUUCUUGGAAAGAUGUCAAUGUGUACUCUAUACCCGAAGACAAGAAAUGUUGUCGUGGAAGUAAUCCUGCAGCUAUACCAAAGCGUAUUCUUAGGAAUGUAAAUGGAAUUUUGAAACCAGGAACAUUGAUGGCUUGUAUGGGUGCAAGUGGCGCUGGAAAGUCAACACUUAUGAACAUCUUAACAUUCAGGAAUUGUGGGAGACUUGUAGUACAAGGAGACGUGAGAGUCAAUGGGAUAGAAAUUGGACGAAGUAUCAGGAACGUCUCAGCAUAUGUCCAACAAGAUGAUAUAUUUAUAGGUGCUUUAACAGUCAGGGAACACCUACAGUUCAGGGCCAUUUUAAGGAUGGACAAAAGAAUAAGGAAAAGUAGAAGAUUGGAAAGAGUGGAAGAGGUUAUACAUGAGCUAGGUUUAUCGAAGUGUGCUAACACAUUGAUUGGUACUCCAGGAAGGAUAAAAGGUAUAUCAGGCGGGGAAAUGAAGAGACUCUCUUUCGCUUCAGAGAUACUAACAAACCCACCUUUAUUAUUUUGUGAUGAGCCUACCUCAGGAUUAGAUUCCUACAUGGCCAUGAAUAUUGUAGAUAUGUUAAAAAACCUGGCAGCCAAAGGCCAUACAAUAUUGUGUACCAUACAUCAACCAUCUUCAGAGGUCUACGAUAUGUUUGAUCGAUUAUUAUUGCUAGCAGAGGGAAGAACAGCUUAUAUGGGACCUGCCAAGGAAGGCCUAGAUUUCUUCAAGGAGCAAGGUUACCCAUGUCCAGUGAACUACAAUCCUGCUGACUACUUCAUUAUGACAAUGGCUAUAUUACCUGAUCAACUAGAUAGUUGUAGGAAGAGAGUGGAGAAAAUUUGUGAUGCAUUUUCCAAAAGUAAACAUGCAGUUGAGUUAACCAAGGAAACAGAUAUCGUUUGCAAUGGUACCAACCCUGUUACCACGACAAACCUGGUUGUAGACAGAGAAUCAAGCUAUGGGGCAAAUUGGAUCCAACAGUUUGGAAGCCUUACAUGGAGAGCCUGGGCACAGAAUGUCCGAGAUCCAUUGAUUCUGAAAGUCAAAAUCUUUCAAACAAUUUUUAUAGGAGUUGUACUUGGUCUGAUAUAUCUCCAUGACAACAACGAUUAUGAUCAGAAACGAGUACUCAACGUCAAUGGAGUGCUUUUCUUAUUGCUGACCAACAUGAGCUUCUCAAACAUGUUUGCUAUCCUGAAUACAUUCCCUACAGAACUACCUAUUUUCCUACGAGAGCAUGGCAGUGGUUUAUACAGAGUAGAUACAUAUUACCUGAGUAAAUCUAUUACAGAACUACCAUCUUUGAUCAUCCUUCCUACAUUGUUUGUAUCUAUACUCUACUGGAUGGCAGGUUUAUAUUAUAAUGUUGAAUCUUUCCUGAUUUGUUGUGGCAUUGCUAUACUAGUGGCUAAUACUGCAGCAUCAUUUGGAAUGAUUAUAUCAACACUGUCUAGUUCAGCCAACAUGGCUUUAGCAGUAGCACCACCAUUAUUGAUACCAUUGAUGUUGUUUGGGGGAUUUUUUGUACAAAAUGAUACCAUUCCAGACUGGUUACUUUGGUUGAAGUAUUUGUCCUGGUUCCAGUACAGCAAUGAAGUUCUAAACAUAAACCAGUGGAGUGAUAUAGAUCAUAUAGAUUGUAAGAAUGUGACUGUGGCAGUGAACUCAACUGUUAGUUCUCCUUCACGAUGUUUUACUACAGGAAGUCAAGUUUUAGAGUCUCUUAGUUUUGAUGAGGACAACUGGUAUUUAGACUUUGGACUGAUUUCAGCAUUGUUUGUUGGAUUUAGGAUUGUUUCCUUCAUCAUUCUUGUUAUACGAGCCAAAAGAUCUAGUGCUUAAAAGUAUUAAAACAAUACCUGUUUGAGAUGGUUGUGUGUCUGAGUGUUAGAAAUAAGAUAUGGGAUUGGAAAAAAGUUCCUGAAAUUCCUGAAUUUACAUACUUAGUACAUUUUUCAUGAGGAGAAAAUUCACAGAUUUUGUGGUUCAUCAGUUCCAUCAAUACUAAUACCCAACAAGAGGCAUGUACUCCAUUGACUUGAUUUAUGUAAAGUCUGAGACAAUAGAUCGAUAAACCUUGUUUUGUAAUGAUUGUUCAGUCACUGUAAUGAUAGUUUAAACAAUCUAAUAAAGAAAUUAUACUUACUAUAUUUCUAUGAUGUAAAGAAUUUAACCUUUUUACAGAUGAAUGUUUUACUAGGAUAACACUUUUUGUAAGUGAUAUAAAUACUCAUAUUAGAUUUUAUUUCUACUAUUUACCUCAAAAUGAAUAGGUCAGUUUUAAUGAGAUGAAACCAUUAGAUGGUUUCCUGUUUAUUAUUUAAUGUCAUAUUUUAACAGUUUUAUGUGUUGAUAUGAAGUUGUAGAUAUUUUAAAAAUCAAAUCUAUUUUAUUUGUCGGCUGUCAGCUUUUGUAUGUGAUAUUUAUAUGGCUCUGACAUGUGUUUAAUUUUAUAAUUAUAGAUUAUCGUGGAUCAUCUCAACGAGAUUGAUUUUUCUCGCUUGAGCUGGUACAGCGAAAGUGAGAAAAGCAAGCGAGUUGAGAUGAACAAUGAUAAUCUAUUUAUCGCUAUUUUACCUAUGACGACGUUGUCAAUUUCAUCAUGUUCAUGUCAAUUUCGUUAGCAACGCCACGUGGCCUCCUUAGUUUCUAGUGAUAAUUAUUCCAUCUCAAGCGAGUAGCAUGAUAUGAAAAUUAUCACAAAAAAAGAUCAAACGAAAAAUGCACAAAAUAGCGAUAAUAAUUAAUACUGUUUUUAAUCUUGUAUUUUUCUUUACCAAUAAAUUAUCUGAAAUUAAUUGUGCAAUAUUUUUGUCCAUGCUUUAUUCAUGGAUUUUAUUGUUUCUAUGUAAUACUCAAGUAAAUUUUAAUAUUUCAGUGGCGGAUCCAGAGGGGGGGUUCCGGGGGUGCGCACCCCCCCUUUAUUUUUGCCGAUCAAUGCAUUUGUAUCGGGACAUAUGUUUUGCACCCCCCCUUUGCCCUGGGUUAGCACCCCCCCCCUUUCGAAAAUUCCUGCAUCCGCCCCUGUAUUUCAAAUAUGAAUUAAAUUUGUUGAUGUGAUUAUUUUAGAAGUUUCAUAAUUUUAAUUCAAAUGCUGGAAUUAUUUUCAGUCUUGUUGUUGCUAUACCAGAAUGUCAAAUGGUUGUCUUUUAUUUUGCAGAAACUUUUAUUCAAUAAUGUAAGAAAUCAUUUUUUGAAAGUUUAGUUUUUAUUCAAAGUUACACAUGUUACAAGCAGAUGUCAGCUUGUAUUAUGCAUUGUUGAAUUAUCUCCCUUUAUACAAGGAGAAUAUCAGGAGACUGUUAGUUAUGAUUACCCAAAUUACUGUACCAAGUACAAAGUCAGCCAGAUAACUCAGAUUUAAUGAAACACAAAUUCAUACUUUAUUAUACCAUGUUAAAAAAUCAUUUAAGCAUAUUACUAUUAGAAUAUGAAAUAAGUUUAAUACACAAAUAUUACAUGUAAAUCAGUCAUAUUUGUAAAUUAAUAAUAUUCCUCAUGCAUCUUUAUAUCAAAUAAUAAAAUAUAUUUUCUGUGUUUUAAAGUACACAACUUUCUGUAAAUUGUAAAAUUAAUUGAAUGUAGGUGUAGAUAUGAUCAUAAUUCAACCCUCAACCUGAUUGUAUUGAAAAUAUAGCUCAAGCAUCUCUUUAAAGUAUAACCAUGAUAGUAAUGUAAAUCUUAUGAAAUGUUACGGAAAGAAGUUGGGGAAAAAAGGAUGAAACUGAUCAUGUAAUCAUAUACUUGGUGUCUGGCAUCAAACUUCUCUUUAUUCAUGUAAAAACAAUACAUUUUAUCAUCUGAUGUAAUCUUAUUUACUCUUCAAAGUAAUGUCAGCAUUAAAAUACUUAAGUGAUUUUAUUUUACAUUUACAUGUAGUCCAUUGAUUUGUGAAUAUUGACCAAUUUCUUUUAGUUCAGUAUGAAUUUAAUGAUGUCAACUUUGACCUGAGAAAAUUGUUUUAAGGGUCAUAAUUUUUAGAAGAAUGCAUAUUUAUCUGUGAUAUUAUUAAGUCAUAUUCCAGUUUGACAUAAUCGUUUUGGUUUUUGAUAUUGUAGAAAUAUUUUAUGAAUAAAAAUUAUAAUUU